AAUACCACCACCCAGCACGCGGCACAUGUUCCCCCAACCCAUCCAAGCGCAUGGUGUUGUCGGUCGGCGUCCUCCUCGCUUCUUUGCGCUUGUAAGGAGCAGCUUGAUGCCUGGUUCAUUCGGCGUGUUUCAUUGCCAAAUCAAUCGCAAGUCACCUCAAUUGGGCGAGCUCUGGUCAAUCUGUCUGCUUGCUCCAGUAACGUUCGCUAUUCGAAUGGUUUGAUGCGGUCCGGACCUGAUCGGUUUCUGCUUGUCCCGCGAUUACCCAAAUCGCCAGACUGCCGUCAUGCGAAUAAUUUUGUGAUGUGGCAGGUGCCCGCCCGCCCGCCAGCCAGUCCUCCUUCGUCAUUCUCCCACCUCAGCCCACGACCACUUUGCGUCAGCCACAACUCUACCCGUCGACGGGAUGCGCAACAUGUCAUAAAAGCACAGCCCCAUUUUUUCGUCGUGAUGGCGCCGGAUUUUGUGAGGCGCAGCUACUGCGCAGCGACGAAGCAAUUCAGGCACCGCUCACGAGUCCCUCGCCCACUUCUCCAUGCGUUCAUGUCCUUCGCCCGUCUGCGUGUCAUGAUCAGCCGCAUCAUUCGCGAACCAUUCUCCAGUUCGCCAGAUUCGUUAGCGGCUGCCUCUCACGUGCCCAACGUCUGCCUAAUUGCCUUGUGCACCGACCAGCGGUCGAGUCGGAAAGCGGGGCAAUCACUGGCCUUACCGGAGUUACGCGGCGUUUUGAGAGUGAGCCUCAGGAAUCAAUUUGAAUCACUCUGCGACCGCAUCUCGAAGUUGAUUUCGACGACUUAUUCGAUCAUGAACAUGCGAAGUCAAAAUAAAGUCGAUUUAUUCAGAUGA